CAAUUAUUACACCCAUUAAUUAAAAAAAAAAAUUUAUUUUUUUCUUAUACUCUCUCUGUGUGUUAUCACUUAUUUGCACUGUUCUCAACUGUUUGCUUGUUUAAUUUUCUAAAAAAAAAAAAAAAACUAAUUCUGGGUUUUUCUGGGUUCAUUUUAAUUUCUUGUAAAUUUUAUUUUUGCAUGUAGUUUUUAGAAUUUUGUUCAAAUUAAUGUUCAGUAGUUGUGGUAUCAGGGUCUGCAAAUUGAUCCCAUGUGGGAUUUUGAAUGAAAGUUUACAUUUUUGAGUGUUAUAUGUCUUUGAGAGGUGGAAAUUUUGCAUUUUUCUUAUCUGGGUAUCCUUUAUUCUCUGCUAAUUUUUCAAAUUCUCAUCUUUUUAGUGUAGUCACAUGUUGCCUUGAGUAGAAUUGUGUUUGAAAGUUUUCAUUUUUUAAGUUAUUGUUGUAUUGUACCUGGUUUACUUGUCUGCAUUCUUGGUUGGUUUUUAAUUUCUUCAAAUUAAAUUUGUUUAUAAUUGGAGUUUUUGUUCACAUUAAUGCUCAGUAGUCAUAUGUGGGAUUUUGAAUGAAAUUUCACAUUUUUUGAGUGUUAUAUGCGUCUGAGAGGUGGGAAUUUUGCAUUUUCCUUAUCUGUGUAUCCUUUUUUCUCUUCCAAUUUUUCAAAUUCUCAUCUUGUUAUUGCAAUCACAUGAUGCUUUGUCUAGAAUUUUGAUUGAAAGUUUCCAUUUUUUGGUUCUGGUUGUAUUUUAUCUGGUUUAGUUGUUGUGUCACCUUUUCAAUGCAUACUUUUAGUUCUUCCUUUUGAACUUUUUGUGUUUGGAACUUAAAUUUAUUACAAUACUUCCAAAAUACAUCAUACAACUUGUUGGGCAGUCAUGUCCAUCAUUUCCAUACUUAGAAUAGUUAAUUGUCCUGCUUCAUAUUGUUCUUCAAUCUCUUUCAUGAAGUCUUUAACCGUAGAACAUUCCGGGAUCGAAUCCCUAAUGAUCUUGGUUAUAUGAGAUUUAAUGAACAUCAAACUUUAACAAUUAGAUCAAUCACAUCGUUCAUUUUCAGUUUUCUCAUUUGAUGCACUUGAUUCCGUGAGGUUGGGUGGUUCAUCUCCACCACAUAAUCAAGUGCACCAAAGGAGAAAAUUGAAUAUGAAUGAUGGGCAAUUUAAUUGCUUAAGUUUGAUUUUCAUUAAAUUUCAUAUAAACAAGAGCAUUAGGGGUUCGAUCCCGAAAUGUUCUAAGGUUAAGGAUUUCAUGAAAACCAUUGAAGAACAAUUUGUAAGAUCCAAUAAGGCUUUGACAAGCAUACUAAUGAAGAGGUUUUCUAGCAAGACAUUUGAGUAUUCUAAGAGUGUGCAUGAACACAUUAUGGAAAUGAGGGACAUGGCUGCCCAACUUAAGUCCCUAGAAGUUGACAUUUCUUCAAGCCAAACCCCCCAAGACUCCACCAAUAAGCUACCUGCCAAAAGGUAUCUUUGAAAUGUACGUUAUCUUCCAUGUAACAUGAACACUUCAACAUCUGAAGUUCUUGUGUCAGGCAUUACAUCAUGUGGGACAUGGUAAUGCAUCUAACCUGCUUGCUUGGUCAUUACCAUACAUAUGUUCUAAGGAAUGAAUUCUUGAUUCCAGUCUAAGACCUCUUGUAUACUUUCUAUAAGUACUCUUUUGCUGCAAUGAAUCUGAAGUUCUGAACAUGGGUCCAAGCAUUCAUUUUGCAUGCAGGUUAUGUUAGGUUUAAGCAUUGCCCUAGAUUGUAGAAGAAACGACAAACCCUUCUAAUUCUUUUUUUCCUGGAUAAAUGAUGGAAUGCUUAAUAAAUUUGGAUCCUGCUCCUGGGUAUGAACAUAAAGGGUGAAUGCCUCUGGAUACUCGGAAAUUGGUUUUGGCUGGUGGGGUUAGGUUAGUUGCCUGUAGAUUUUACUAGCUAGAGCGAGUCCAAAGGACUCUUCUUUAAAAAGGUUCCUUACUUUAUUAAAAAAAAAAUUGCUUGGAUUUGUGCUUUGAAGUUGCCGGACUUUUGCAAUUCAUGAGGUUAUAAAAUGAAACCAUGCUAAUGAGAAGAGACAGCCUUUUAAGGAAAAAUGAUUGGAAUUUAUGUUGUUGUGGUUACCAAAAAAAGUUACUUGUUUUAUGUAGCUGUUCAAAUUAUAUGAAUGAUGUAGUUUUCCCUUUGGAUGAGCGCUAUUGGGGUAUUUUCCUCUUUUUUUUAGGUCUUAGCAUUUUUCUUACUUCUUUGUUUCUUCACUGCAUAUUCUUUGUAUACAUUACUAAUCAUGUAAUAGAUCAGUAUGGCUGUGCCUUUUCCAAUUUUUGAACAAAAUCAUCUUAUUACUAUUGAAAAAUGUUUUCUUUUUGGUAUACUCUUGCGUGUAAUAAGUAUCUUUUCAUUUCACGUAAAUUGAAAUUUGCGGGUAUAUUUUUAGUGUGGGAACUUGGCUUACUGUGGUUGCAUUGAUGCACAUUCGGAUCAUGAUUGUUAUGCUAUAUAUGAUGAAAGUUGAUACACAGAAGUUCAAGGACUUUGAUCAGGUACAUAUCUCAAUAGUUUGAUUUCCAAAAGAAAAUAGAAGUAAAAUUUUCUCCAUGGGGAUAGAUCUUGAGCAGCCUUCAGGAGAAUGCCAUAAGGAAGACAGUAGGUCAAGUGUGAAUGUUCAUAUGGUGCAUGGUGGUGAUGAAGUGCAUGAUAGAGACAGAUUGAUCAUAAAAUCUCCUAAUGUAGCUGAUAAGGAAAAUACAGGACCAAAUGUAAAUAGUAGAAUAUCAGAUAGUAGAAACAAGUGGAAUGCUGGAGAGGAUAUUAACUUAAAUUCUUUCAAAAGUUUAGAGCCUCAUGAUGGAAUGGAAUUUGAAUCAAAGGAGGAAGCCUUUUCAUUCUAUAGAGAAUAUGCGAAGUCUGUGGGAUUUGCUGUUGUAAUAAAGGCCAGCCGUCGUUCCAGAAUAUCCGGAAAAUUUAUUGAUGCGAAAUUUGCAUGUACUAGAUAUGGAAGCAAGCGGGAACGUAAAGCAGAUGAAGCUAUGGAACCUGAUUCAAAUAUAGAAAGCACAAUGAACAUUCCUGUAAAGAGGAGACGAGGUAGGAUUAAUCUAUCAUGGUCAAAAACAGAUUGCAAGGCCUGCAUGCAUGUUAAAACUAGGCAAGAUGGUUUAUGGAUUAUCUCUAGUUUCAUAAAGGAGCAUAAUCAUGAAAUUUUUCCAGAUCAAGCCUAUUACUUUCGGGGUCAUCGGAAUUUAGAUCUAGGUAGUAGUAAUGUUGAUGCCUUGCAUGCUAUUCGGGCAAGAACAAAAAAGAUGUUUGCUACAAUGUCUAGACAAUCUGGUGGCUAUAAGAAAGUUGACAAGCAGAAAGGUGGAAUCGCAAAUCAAUUAGAUAGUGGAAAGCAUCUGGCUUUAGAAGAAGGAGAUGCUCAAGUUAUGCUUGACCAUUUCAUGUAUAUGCAAGAUGAGAAUCCUAAUUUCUUUUAUGCGAUAGAUCUAAAUGAAGAGCAGUGGCUGAGAAACGUUUUCUGGGUCGAUGCAAAAGGUAGGCUUGAUUAUGGAAGUUUUGGCGAUGUAAUUUUUUUUGACACCACACAUAUCAAGAAUGAAUAUAAAUUGCCGUUUGCUCCCUUUAUUGGUGUGAACCAUCAUUUUCAUUUCCUUUUGCUUGGAUGUGCAUUGUUGUCUGAAGAGACUAAACCAACAUAUGUUUGGUUGAUGCGGGCUUGGCUCAGAGCAAUGGGUGGACAUGCUCCAAGAGUGAUACUUACUGACCAAGACGAAGCCUUGAAAGAAGCUAUCGCAGAGGUAUUUCCCAAUUCUCGUCAUUGUUUUUGUUUGUGGCAUAUACUGAGCAAAAUUCCUGAGAAGCUCAGUUAUGUAAUAAGGCAACAUGAAAACUUUAUGGCAAAAUUUAACAAAUGCAUUUUUAAGUCUUGGACAAAUGAACAGUUUGAAAGGAGAUGGUGGAAAAUGGUUGAUAGAUUCAAUUUAAGAAAUGACUUAUGGUUCCAAUCUUUGUAUGAAGAACGUGAACAAUGGGCACCUACAUAUAUGAAAGAUGUUUUUUUGGCAGGGAUGUCUACAAUCCAACGAUUGGAAGGAAUGAACUGUUUGUUUGACAAAUACAUGCAAAGGAAAACUACAUUGAAGGAGUUCUUAGAACACUAUAAAGUGAUUCUAAGAGAGAAGUGUGAAGAGGAAGCAAAAGCAGAUUUUGAAACUUGGCAUAAACAACCAGGAUUGAAAUCUCCAUCACCUUUUGGGAAACAGUUGGCUACUCUAUACACACACGCAAUAUUUAAGAAAUUUCAAAAUGAAGUUUUGGGAGUGGUUGCUUGUCAUCCAAGGAAAGAAAGUGAAGAUGGAGCAACCAUAACUUUUAGGGUUCAAGAUUUUGAAGAGAAUCAAGAUUUCAUUGUGGUAUGGAAUGAAACAACAUCAGAUAUAGCUUGUUUGUGUCGUUUAUUUGAAUUCAAUGGUUUCCUUUGUAGGCAUGUGAUGAUUGUUCUUCAAAUGUCUGGUGUACAUAGCAUUCCGUCUCAGUAUAUAUUGAAACGUUGGACAAAGGAUGCAAAGAGUAGACAAACAACAAGAGAAGGUUCAGUUGUUGAGUCUAGGGUUCAACGCUACAAUGAUCUAUGUCGACGGGCCUUUAAGUUGGGUGAUGAAGGGUCUUUAUCUCAAGAGACUUACAAUAUUGCAUUGAAUGCACUGGAAGAAGCUUUGAGAAAGUGCGAGAGUGUAAACAACUCAAUUCAGAGUUUAAUAGAACCAAGCUCACCUUCAACUCAUGGUCCUCAAGGCCUUGAAGAAGUAAACCAGGGUAACAGCACUAGCAAUGCAAACAGAAAAAAUAGUGCAUCCAAAAAAAGACAGGUACAUCCAGAGCCAGAGGUCAUAUCAAUUGGGACCCAUGACAGCUGGCCACAAAUGGGACAUGCAAAUUUACGAGCACCAGCCCUUGAUUGUUCUUAUGAAUCACAAGAGAGAAUGCAAGGGAUGGAACAACUGCACUCAAGAGCUGCAGCUCUUGAUGGCUAUUUUAGCACACAACAACUUGUUCAGGGAAUGGGACAAUUGAACUCUAUAGCUCCUAUCCACGAUGUCCAUUACUUAGCUCAACAAAGGUUGCAUGGGAUGGGGCAGCUACAUUUCAGACCACAAACUAUUCCUAGUUGUUUUGAUAUUCAGGAUAGUUUGCAAGAUAUGGACCAGUCUAACAUGGGACCUUCACAACUGCAUGGCAUGGCAUCGAAGCAUAUUCAUCAGAAACACCUCUCUCGUUAGUUGCUAGAUUAGUAGCUGUGAUCUACUGGCCGGUGGAGAUGAAUUAUCUCUUGGAAGAGUACCAGUCAAAUUGAUGUAACAACCAUUUUUUUUUCCUUUUUGCAUUUUCAGUGCACUGAUGCAUGUUAUAAUACUAGAUGAAGUUUUCUUGUAGUUGUUGUUGUUUGUAAUUAGAGAUGGACUUAUUUAUCUGGUUAAAUAUAUGGGGAAACAUCAUAUAAUCCAAGACACAUUGAUAUCUUGUAUAUUAGCCCAUCCUAACUAAUUUGUUGAGGAUUCCA